UUCCAACGGUUGUUGUCGUUCACGUGUAGACAAGUGUCCUUUUUCUUUUUCUCUCUAAAAAUCAAAUAUCAAAAACUAAACUUCUGCUAGUUGAAGGAAACUUUCCCUUUCCAUGAAACCCUUCUUUAAUCCUCCUUAAACAACCAUAAAGUUUCGAUCUUUCUUUCAUUUCUUCUCCAUGAAGAUUUUGUUUAUUAAUCCAAGUCAAUCAAUGUCCGAAGUCUUUGAAUCAUCGAUGAAUAUGGAUCGGAAGAAGAAGAACAAGAGGCUUCUGGUGUUCAAAGGUUCCAUCUUGCUUCUUUAGUUCUUUAAAAAAAAAUAUUUGUGUAAUUUUUGAAGUGAUUUUGAAUUAAUAUUCAGAUUUUUUUUAAUUAGUAUCGAGUAGAGUAAAAAGAGUGUUUUGAUUGAUACCCAUUUGUUGGAGUUGCAGAAUGUAUGCAAAGAUCCAGUCUUGUGAUAGAGUGCUUAUUGCUUUGAUUUCACUUGAAGAGAGUUUUAGGUUAUCUUUAUUCCUUUUGUAAGUUUUUGGAGCAAUGUUAUUAGUGUAAGGAUGUAAUAAUUUUCCGGGUUGCAUGGUUGUGGUGUUUUGGAAUUGCUUGAUUUUAAAGUUUGAUGGAAUCCUUAAGAAGGAAGAGGAAGGGCUUAGAAAUUUUGCCUUCAUUUGGUGAGUCCCUUGCUCCAUUAACAGUGAUUUUGCCGCGCUUGUCAUUGGGAGAUUAUUCGAGGCAAAGGAAGAAGUAUAAGGAAGAUGAGGAUAAAGAAGCUGUUGGUUCUAGUACAAGUGUAGUUAAAGGUGUUUUCACUGCUCCACCUUGUAGGAGUGUCUCUGCAGAUCCACCUUGUAGGGGUCUUAAGAGGAAAAUUGGGUGUAUUGAUGUGGCAACUCAGUUGGGCAGGAAGAAAAAAAUUGAGAAAGAGUAUGACUUGGGUGCGUCUAUUGGGCAAGGGAAGUUUGGGUCGGUGGUUUUGUGUCGAAGUAAAGUGACUGGAGAAGAGUUUGCUUGCAAAAUGCUGCGCAAGGGAGAGGAGCUUGUGCAUCGGGAAGUGGAGAUUAUGCAGCACCUCUCAGGUCAUCCUGGUGUGGUGACAUUGAAGGCAGUGUAUGAGGACUUAGAAUCCUUUUAUCUUGUCAUGGAGCUCUGCACCGGGGGACGAUUGCUCGACCAGAUGGCUAAGCAAAGGCAGUAUCCAGAGCAUAGGGCUGCUAAUAUACUCAAGGAAGUGGUUUCAGUUAUCAAAUAUUGCCAUGACAUGGGAGUUGUUCAUCGGGACAUAAAACCGGAGAAUAUCCUCCUUACAGCCUCUGGGCUGAUGAAGCUUGCGGACUUUGGCCUAGCUGUGAGGAUGUCAAAUGGUCAGAGCCUCAGAGGUGCGGUUGGAAGUCCUGCCUAUGUUGCACCAGAAGUUUUAGCUGGUGAUUAUUCAGAAAAGGUUGAUAUCUGGAGUGCUGGUGUCCUCCUUCAUACCUUGUUGGUUGGCGUGCUUCCAUUUCAGGGUGAUUCAUUGGAUGCUGUCUUUGAGGCUAUUAAGAAGGUCAACCUUGACUUCAAAAGUGAAUUAUGGGAAUCAGUAUCUCAACCUGCACGGGAGUUAGUUGCUCAUAUGCUGACAAGGGAUGUUUCAGCAAGACUAACUGCUGAUGAAAUACUAGGACAUCCAUGGAUCUUGUUCUAUACAGAACCAACACGGAAGGAACUUACCCAAAAACCAAAGUUUCAAGACCAUGCAACACUGACUUCUCAACAACUAACUGUCACAACUAGGUUGGAGUCAGAGAGAUACAGGAUAACAGCCAGUGGUUUUCUCAGUGAUGACUCUAGCCUAAUUUUAUCAUCUGAUGGUUCUAGGUCAAGGUUGGAAGAGCAAGACUGUGGAUUGGUUGAUGCUCUCACCGUGGCAAUAUCACGUGUGAGGAUAUCUGAACCAAAGAGAAGCAGGUUGUGUUGGCCCACAAGCCCUAUCCGACAAGAGUGUUCCUCUAACAUUAAGAUUAACAAUCUCUGUACAGCAUUUUGAUCCUGUUGUGUAAAAAUGCUGACUCGGCUGCCAGGCAUCGCCACUGUUAGUUGUAACUGCAACGGAAGAAAACUCUGUGGCAAUAGAUUUGUUGCUGCUUGGAGAAGGAAGAAUAAAGACCAUUAAUAAAACAACCUUUUAGGUGAAAGUAAGUGGCAACUAAAAUAUUCUUGUUUCUAUAAUUUGUGAGAACCAUCUGGUAUUUUAUUGGUGAGCUCCUGGUUUCAUUUCUUUCAUUUAGCCUGAUCUGUAAUACUAGUACAAUGUGGCUUCUAAGCUUCCUGUGUAAAUAGCAUGUGUUACUGCUUGGCAUGCUUUGCCUGAAGCUUCAGUUCAAUGUUAGUUUUUUUCAACAAAUGAAGCCUAACAUGUAACAUAUGUACGAUUUUGAGUUGUAGAACUAAAUGUGUUGAGUGUCUGAUUUUA